GUACGCUGUGGCCUGUGCUAGUAGCAAAAAAUGGUAUAUAUGUAUACCAAAAUAAAUACUUGAGCGAUAGUCUUGUAUACUUGAUCUAUUAUAGUAAGCACAUUCAGCACUUGGGCAAAGCAAGACUUUCAGCAUCAUGUCAAUAGUGGCGAUGUCAGCGGAGGAUAAGGCCAGGGUCGGGGUGGUCAGUGACGCAGUAACCCAGGUUACACAAGAAUUCAAAGGUGAUAACGCUGCCGUUAAUCUGCUGCACGAUCUCAUGACAAGUGAGAGCACACGUUUGGCCCUACAAAAUCUGUUUUCAGCUCUGGGCAAUGAGGAAGGAGCGAUAGAGAAACGAGAUGCCUGGAUUGAAAUUCUUGUUCUUAUGGAUGGGGAGGAAACUCAAGGAGCUAGAAAGUCGUUGCUGAACGUUGUUGAAUUUCUUCAGUGCGCCAGAGGCACUGAAGAGGCUAAAGAUUUCUUUGAGUGCAUUCUGUCCAUCGGAGGUCUAGGUCAAGUAGAGGGAGCCCAGGCCAUUGUCGACGCUUUGCAAGACGAGAUGGUUCACCACGCUCUGGAAGGGUUUGCAAAUUCGCUGGAGAACCCUCAGAAAGAGAAGGUUACUUUUGCCAUCGAUACAGUGGUUUGUGCCUUCGAAGAACACAGGGGAUCACAGUCGGCCGCCGCAAAGCUGUCAAAUGUGCUAACACCGAUGAGCGAAGAAGAGGGCAUGCUAUCAGCGAUUCUCAACCAAUUAGAAUACAAUUUCGAGGCGUCGGGUGAAGACCUCAUCAACAUCGCCAUCAAGGAUCCCAUGAAUUUUUCCCAAAAAUUGAUUAAACAAGUUUUAUGGCCUGUAUUAUCCGAACGACUGAAUCGCAUCGAGGUACCAGAUGUUUCAGAGAAGAGUGGCAAGGAUCUAUAUGAAGUGUCUGAUAUUGUGAUCCACGUCACAUCCAUGCCAAAGAUCAUCAAAAUAGCAAUCGAAUCAGAAAUAGAGUUGCAUGUCGACGACAAUAACGAAAUACAAAACGGAGGUACUUAUAUGGUGACAACGAUAUCAGCCAACAACAUCGCAGCUAGAUCAGACGUGAUGGCUUUCAAUAUCGAUAAGAAAUCAUGGCCAUCGUUCAAUAGCCAGGGCGAUUUAGACGUUGAAAUCAAACAACCGGGGUUCGACAUGACAAUUGGAAUACUGGUCGAACAACCACCAGGAGACGAAGAUCAGGCUGCGCAAUUUGCAGCGGGUGAAGUACAGUGUAAUUUGCAGAGCUUCAAUAUGAACUUUCACAAGAAUGCAAAGAACGAGUGGUUACUUAACACUGCAAGUAGGUGGUUUAACCCCGCUUUGAGAAAGGCGAUUGCCACUGCUGUGUCUGGCCAGUUAAAAUCGCUGAUGAAUGAGGCUUUCGUUACUUUCUCUAAACUGUUGACGGCACAGCAAGCACUGGUAAAACGGGUAAAGGAGCGAAAAGCAGAGAUGGUCUUGGCACAGGCUGUGGAAUUGGGCCAGGUGUAGAGGUCGGCGUCGGGACAAGUUCCUAUAGAUAACUUAGCUAAAGUGUAUAGGAUAAGGAGCAGCGUUUAAGCGUUGGUGCAUGAUUGUGAAAUAUUUUAAAUGGGUCAAAGAUGGAGCAUGCAACGGUAAGCAGACAUGCUCAGUCUAUUGCAAGAGGGAUCAAGAUUCAGGUCCUGAAUAUCUUCUACCCUCUAUGGAAGAGAUUAAACUAAAAAAUCUAGUCGAA